AUGCCUUUAAAACUUUUGGAGCCCAAGAGAGGCGAAGAAGGCGAGACCAAGUGAGAGAAAGAGGGAAACGUCGUCGUCUUCUCUGUCACUCUCUUAACGUCAUCGGUCUCAUCCUUCCUCUCUUCCUUCUCGUCCCAUUCCCAUGUCCGUCCCCAAAAAGCCCCUCCUCAAAUCCUUCUUCCUCCUCCUCCUCUUCCUCUCCUUCCUCCUCUUCUUCCACCUCUACCUACAAUCAAAGAAAACCCCGAUCUCCUCCGCCAUCGUCCCCUCCUCCACCGCCGCGCUCAUCCGCAUCCGACCGGGCUUCCGCUCCUACGACGACUACAUCAAGCUGCAACUGAACAAGACCCUCAACCCCCGGCUCCGCCACUUGUGGGCGACCCGCGACUGGGACCGCAAGGUCCGCGUAUUCUCUCGGUUCUUCGCCGACCUGGCCGCCGAGGGCCUCCUCUCCAACGCCUCCGCGGCGCUGUGCGUCGGGGCCCGCCUAGGGCAGGAGGUGGCGGCUCUGCGAGGGCUGGGCGUGGGGGGCGCGCUGGGGAUGGACCUGGUGCCGGCACCGCCGCUGGUGGUGGCCGGCGACUUCCACGCGCAACCCUUCCCGGACGAGUCCUUCGACUUCGAGUUCUCCAACGUGUUCGACCACGCGCUGUACCCGGAGCGGUUCGCGGCGGAGGUGGAGCGAACGCUGCGGCCGGGUGGGGUGGCGGUGUUGCAUCUGGCGGUGCACCGCCGCGGCGACAAGUACUCCGCCAACGACCUCCUCGAGGGGGUCGAUGGCCUCGUCGCCCUCUUCAACCACUCCGAGGUGGUCCGCGUCCGCAAGAUCGACGGCUUCGGCCUCGACACCGAGGUGGUCCUCCGGAAGACGAACACGAAGAGUAACAAACCAACAACUAAAUCAAAAUAGAGGGUUUGGUGGUACCAGCUUUCUGUUACGUGGCUCACAUGGGAGUAGACACUGUAACGGUUGAGGAUGCUUAAACCGCGUUGUUCGUGACACCGCAGCUGGCUUUUGGUUGGCACUUCAAAUGCCUUUCUCACUUACUAACUCUUGUCGUUUGUAUACCUUACAAAUGAUAAUUAGGCAGGAUGAGAUUGAUCAUCGGAUUCUACUAUCAAA